GAUGGCUAUAAUAAGACCUGCUGUUUCGGGGCAUCAGCAGCGGUGCUCGGAUACUCUGUGAGACUAUGAGCCGCUACGGAGAGCAGGUUGGAGGCGGCGUGACGCUCCCUGCCCGCUCCACGUCCAGAAGAGGGACCUUAAAUGAGUCGCCAUCAGCUUGACGGAGAGGACUCUGAACCUGGAUCAGGAUGCACCAGCUGUUCAGCCAGGUGCUGAGCCAGAGGGAUCUGUCCCGAGCAGGAGAUCUGUUCUCUCUGGAGGACUCCGAGAUCGAGGACUUCCUGUCUCAAGCUCUGGACCAGAUCAAGACCAUCUCCUGCUCACCGGACUACCUGACCAACGACAAUGACCAAGCUGUGGUGGAGAUUUGCAUAACGCGCAUCACGACAGCCAUCCGGGAGACGGGCUCCGUGGAGCGACACAGCACCGCUCUGGUGGGACUGUGGGAGUCGUGUCUGGAGCAUAACCUCACCCCUCAAGGAGAAAACACAGAGGACACGCCGCAUGCCAAGAUAGCCUCUGACAUCACCAGCUGUAUCCUGCAG